AUGUGUGUAGCCGGGGUCCUGACAGCCCACUCCAUCCUGCAGGCACUGGGCUCCCUCUGCUCCCCGUGGGCCGCUCCCCGCGUGGGGCCACUGCCCUCGGCCCCCGCCAUGGUGCGGAUUUCAAAGCCCAAGACGUUUCAGGCCUACCUGGAUGAUUGUCACCGGAGGUAUAGCUGUGCCCACUGCCGCGCUCACCUGGCCAACCACGACGACCUCAUCUCCAAGUCCUUCCAGGGCAGUCAGGGGCGAGCCUACCUCUUCAACUCUGUGGUGAACGUGGGCUGCGGGCCAGCCGAGGAGCGGGUGCUGCUGACAGGCCUCCAUGCCGUUGCUGACAUCCAUUGUGAAAACUGCAAGACCACUUUGGGCUGGAAAUAUGAACAGGCCUUCGAGAGCAGCCAGAAGUACAAAGAGGGGAAGUACAUCAUUGAACUCAACCACAUGAUCAAAGACAACGGCUGGGACUGACCCCCUGCUCCUGACGCAUGUGGCGCCAGCCCGGCCUGGCCGCCAGGGGGCGCCACUGGCUUCCCUUCACCCAAACGGAGCUCUGGACCCUCAGGCCCCCUACAGAGGAAGGAUCCAGCUCCUGUACAUAUAUUUUAUUGCAUGCACUGUGACCUUGGGGGGAGAUCGGAAGGUGGACAAAGUGGACGACACCCCCGCACCUCCCUGCGAUCUGGCUGGCUUGGAUCUCGUUUUUAAGCCCCUUCCUACCCCGCCUGCCCUCUAGAUAUGGCCUGUGUGCUGCUCUCUUGGCCCCAGUGCACCAUCUGCCCCGUGACGUUCUCCUCCCAUCGGGCCCCUCUUACCCCACGCGUGUCUGCUCCCCUUGUUCUGUAGCGUUUGUACAUAAUAAAACAAUGGAGUGGAGACAG